GGGCGCGGAGCAGGGCGGCGGAGACAAUAAAGCAGCUGCGGCCGCGGCCGGGCUGCGCGGGGCCGGGGGAUGCGGUGAGCGGAGCCCUGGGCAGGAGGAGGAAGAGGAGGAAGCAGCGGCAGCAGCGCCCGGCGGGAGGAGCGGGGCGCUGCUCGGGGCUGCCCCUGCGCGCUGCCGGCGGCGGCGGGGACGGAGGAGAGAUGCUGGCGGAGUUGGCGAGCAGCGCCCUGGGGCUCGCCCUCUACCUCAACACCCUCCGCGCGGAUUUCUGCUACGAUGACAGCCGAGCUAUCAAGACAAAUCAGGAUCUUCUGCCAGAAACACCCUGGACUCACAUAUUCUACAAUGAUUUUUGGGGAACUCUUCUUACCCACAGUGGAAGCCACAAGUCAUAUAGACCUCUCUGCACACUUUCCUUUCGGAUUAAUCAUGCUUUUGGAGGCAUGGACCCAUGGGGCUACCAUCUUGUAAAUAUCCUGUUACAUGCUGCAGUCACAGGUUUUUUUACAAACUUCUCCAGAAUAUUGUUUGGCGAUGGGUACUGGACUUUAGUUGCAGGCCUGCUGUUUGCUUCUCAUCCCAUCCACACAGAAGCAGUAGCAGGGAUUGUGGGGAGAGCUGAUGUUGGAGCCUGCCUCUUUUUUCUGCUCUCGUUGAUGUGUUACGUUAAACACUGCUCUACGAGAAGCUAUUCAACCAGCACUUGGGGAUGGAUCUUGGGAACAGGACUAUGUGCUGGGUGCAGCAUGUUGUGGAAGGAGCAAGGAGUGACUGUUUUAGCAGUUUCAGCAGUUUAUGAUGUAUUUGUGUUUCAUAAACUUAAAAUGCACCACAUCAUUCCUGCUUUAUACAGGAGGAAGAAUUUGUCCCUUUACUUCAGCAUUGGUUUAUUGACAUUCUGGGGGACCACGCUGCUGGGUGCCCGCUUGUACUGGAUGGGCAACAAGCCGCCAAGCUUUUCCAACUCUGACAACCCAGCAGCUGACUCAGACAGUUUUCUCACACGCACUCUGACCUUUUUUUACUUGCCGACCAAGAACCUCUGGCUGUUGCUGUGCCCAGACACCCUCAGCUUUGAUUGGUCCAUGGAUGCUGUGCCUCUUCUUAAAACAGUCAGUGACUGGAGGAAUCUACACACUGUGGCCUUCUAUGCUGGACUCCUCCUUCUUGCCUACUCUAGCUUGAAGAGUUCCAGCAGUGAGAGAGAAUGCAAUGGGAAAGCUGUAAUGAAUGGCAAACAGAAUACUAAUGGGCAUAGCUGCCACUCAGACAUGGAAUAUAGGAGCUUGGAGCAGAAGUCCAGCUUUGCAUCAAAAGAAGAGAAUGGCAUAAAAAAACAUGUAAUCCAGAGACUGCAACUUCCUUCAACUGAGAACAUUGUAGUUCUGUCUCUUUCUCUGUUAAUAGUGCCCUUUGUUCCAGCCACAAACCUAUUUUUCUAUGUAGGCUUUGUAAUAGCAGAGCGUGUGCUGUAUAUUCCUAGUAUGGGCUUCUGCCUGCUGAUUACAGUGGGUGUCAGGGCCCUUUAUGUCAAAGCCCAAAAGCGCUUUCUGAAGAACUUGAUUUUUUAUGCCACUGCUUCAUUAAUUGUUUUCUAUGGACUCAAGACUGUUGUCAGAAAUGGGGACUGGCAGAAUGAGGAGAUGCUGUAUAGGUCAGGGAUAAAAGUAAACCCAGCCAAAGCAUGGGGUAACCUUGGAAAUGUUCUCAAGAGCCAGAGCAAGAUUUCUGAAGCUGAAAGCGCCUAUAGAAAUGCCUUGUACUACCGCAGCAACAUGGCUGAUAUGCUUUAUAAUUUAGGAUUACUGUUACAGGAAAACAGCAGGUUUUCAGAAGCACUACAUUACUAUAAACUGGCAAUUGGUAGCAGACCCACGUUAGCUUCUGCCUAUUUAAAUACUGGUAUUAUUCUAAUGAAUCAAGGAAAGACUGAGGAAGCAAGGAGGACAUUUUUGAAGUGUUCAGAGAUUCCGGAUGAAAAUUUGAAGGAUCCUCAUGCUCAUAAGAGCUCAGUUACCAGCUGCCUGUACAAUUUAGGAAAACUUUUUCAUGAACAAGGACAUUAUGAGGAUGCACUGAUGGUUUACAAGGAAGCAAUACAAAAAAUGCCAAGACAGUUUGCUCCCCAGAGCUUAUACAAUAUGAUGGGUGAAGCCUAUAUGAGACUGAGCAAGCUGCCUGAAGCAGAACACUGGUAUGUGGAGUCACUGCGGUCCAAGGGCGAUCACAUCCCAGCACACCUUACAUAUGGGAAACUUCUAGCUCUUACGGGCCGCAAGAGUGAGGCAGAGAAGUACUUCUUGAAGGCUAUUCAGCUGGAUCCUACCAAAGGAAACUGUUACAUGCAUUAUGGUCAGUUUCUCCUAGAAGAGUCCCGCUUGAUAGAAGCAGCUGAGAUGGCAAAGAAAGCAGCUGAGCUGGAUAACACAGAGUUUGAUGUUGUUUUCAAUGCAGCACACAUGCUCAGACAAGCCAGUCUCAAUGAAGAAGCAGAGAAGUAUUAUGAAAUGGCAGCGGGAUUAAGGCCUAAUUAUCCAGCUGCCCUGAUGAACCUUGGAGCCAUUCUUCAUCUCAAUGGGAAACUCAUAGAGGCUGAAGCAAACUACCUCCGAGCUCUCCAGCUUAAACGUGAUGAUGUCAUAACCCAGUCAAACCUUCGCAAACUCUGGAACAUCAUGGAAAAACAAGGUUUAAAGACCUCCAAAACAUGACACAGAAUAAUCUAGUUUGUUUUUUUUAUUAAUUGACUCAAAUCCAAAAUAAAAACUUCCAGGAAGUUAUCUGUCAGAGCUCUCAUUGGACUUGACUGCCAGAGUCAGGGGUCUUAAUUGCUGCUAGGAAAUCCUAUUGUGUAUUUUUGGCGUAACUUCUUGCCAAAAAAAAAAAAAAGACUUCUUGGGAGCUUCACAAAGGAGUUAAGUGUUACCCCACAAACAUAUUUAAUACCAUAACACUUAAAGGAAGGUAUUCUUGCAUACCUGACAAGUCAUCACAAUUAAUCAUAUAUUGCUCAUUUCCACGUGGGUUCUUGAAAAUUAUACUGUCCUGAAGACACUGAGGGAAGACUGUGUAGAACACACCCAGCCACCUGGGAGUAAAAGAGAUAAUACUAGCUUAAAGUAUUUGCUGAGGCUGUAAUUCAUUAAAAUGUAUACUAAAUCCAAUGUGUUUGCAGUUUGUUUUAAUGCUGCUGUAUCUCUCUUUAGGAUUGCUUACUUAUCAAUUCCACAGACUUAUACAACCAUCCAGAAAAAGUGUCAUUUGUGGUUCUGAUAGUACUUAAAAUUGUUUACUGAAUAGUUGCAUAUAUUAUUUCAGCUUGUUGUUAAGAGUUUGGACGUAGAUUACCUAAGAUACUCAACGGAGUAUGAUUGGUUUUGCCUGUCCUAAACAAAAUAAGGGACAGUCUGGUGUGCUACAUCUGACCAAUAUGAGAGCCUAAUAGGUAUCAUUAAUUCUGUGAAUUGUCCCGUUUUAUACAGAAACCAAUGCUUGCCCUCAUAACAAGUGGGGGACAGGCUGUAGUCUUAGGAAAAAAUGUGGGGACUUUUUUUUUUUGGCCUUAUCCUACACUGUGUUUAACUCCUUUUGUGCUGUGGUUAUUGAAGACCUUCUUUAAACAGAACUGUCCACGCUUUUCAAACUACAGUAUUUUUGUACAAGUUCAAGCUGGGUGAGUUUUACAAAUACUAAAAUCAAAUAUGCUACUAAUGACACUUAUCAGCAAUUUCCAUUGCCUAUGCCAGCAACUAACAGGAGGGAUUGGUUUUUAGUUGAGCAUCCUCAAAAAUAGUGUAGAUGAGAAAUAUGUAACAAAGGCUUCCAAUUGUUUGAAAUAUUUUGGAAUAUUUUUGACGGCUUGUCUUCUCAGAUUGUAACUAUGUAUUAGGUAUUUGUUUAUAUCCAGACAUGCAUAGAAGCAACAGAACUAUCACAAUUCUCAAUGAAGUUUUUUUUUUUUUGGGUGGGAGGGGUUCUGCUUCAGAUAAUUUGCUUCCCAUACAAAUUCAUAAAACACUUUUUUUUUAAAUGUUUCAUCUUAUUAAAGUUUUAGUCCAGACCAUUUGCUAGCUGCUUUCUUUUGUUGCAACAGGUACUAGUGUAUGUGAGAAUUUCCUUUCAUUUAAUGACCAGUAUCUGCUUCAAUGUUCAUGUCACAAAUGAAAUAUAUAUAUAGAAUGUUAAGUGCUCGAGCACCUUGGUCUGAAGUUUCUUCAGGUUCUCUUAAAACGCUUUGUACUGAAAAAGCUUACUUUUUUUUUUAGUAUUUAGCAUCAUUCCAACUAAACUAUAUAGGAGAAUACUUUGCUGUAUUUAUUUAUUUAUUAUUUGACAGCAGCAACUUUUCUUUCAUUAGGACAAUAAUCUGCAACAGUUGCUAUCUUAUUUUGUUUGGCUACCUUUUUUGUGGAUAGUUGUUUGCUUAAAGGUAAAUGGGACAUAUGCAUAUACUCUACAUUAUUGUACAUUAUCCUCCUAUUCUCUUUUUUCAACCUCUACACCAGGGAGUAACUAUUCUAAGUCAGCAUAAAUGCAACUUGUAAUAGGUUGUUGGAGUCUUUUCUAUUUGCUUGUUUUGGUUUCUGGGAGAGGGGGGACAUUUUUGUUUUUUUUUUUCUUUUCAAUUCAGCAAUUACAUGCUUUAAUCAGUAGGUUCACAACUGUCCUACUAUAGGUGCUGGGGGCAUGGGGUUGUUGGGUUUGGUUGAAAGCAUCAAACUUUUACUUAAAUAGUGAUAUGGCUACUUAAGCAAAACUUAGUGGUCAGAAGAUGGAUUUCAAUUUUUUCAUGAUCAUCCACUGAAGCCAAUGGUAAGAAUAUAAUGGUGGCUCAAGUUUAUUUUCCCUUUUUUUGGCUGUCUGACAAACUGUAAAAGCAAAUUAGAUAUUAGGCCAUGAGUGAAUUGAGUAUAUAAGUGUGAUAUCCUGCAGUUUUAUUUAUUUUAACAGUCAUCAAACUUUGGUGGCUUCCUGGUCAUAACUUUUUAUUGUGUUAUAUGUGUCUUCCUUUCAAGCUGUGUUCAUUCUUGUUUCGUAGUUUUCAUUCAUUGUACAAAAGCCACUCAACUGAUAUGGUUUCAUCCUGCCUUUAAUAAUUAUCUGAGGGGUUUUUUUUAAAUUUAUUUUAAAAAGGACUAACAGAAAUUUAAUGAGACUGUCCCUGAAUACAUUUCAAUUUAGGGCUAGGCUUGAUAACUUUCUUCUUUUGGAAUAAGUUUAAAACAUGUUUAAAAUAUGUCUCUCUGCUCAGGGAUUUAAGGUGGAUUAUUGCAGACAGUGCUAAAAAAUAAAAGAGCACAAGACAAGUUUACUAAAUUAAAAUUUUAUUUUUUGAAAAAAACUGUUAUUUGUAUAAAUUAUCAAGAUUUGUAGGCUUUCCUUUUUGUAGAAAUAAUUGUUUAUGUGCCAGAUAAGAAAAUUUUGAUUUUGUUUUCAAUAAUAAAGCAUUGACAACUAA